GCAAUUCUCAACUUGUCAAUCUGAGCUGUUUCUAUGGUUAGACUUUUGAAAUCUGCAAUCAUUCUAGCUGUCCUAAUCCAAAUAGGCCCAUAAAAAAAGACAAACGUGGAUGGCAAUCCGCCAAUCCCUUAGCUUAUAAAUAAGUUGCCCAACCAGCAUAGAGUUAAACUAAUAUUCAGACAUAUAAUUAAGUUUGGUGCCAUACCACUAUAUUUUUUAACCUUAGAAGUAGAUAAAUCCUUAGGCAAAAACAGGGUUAAAAAAUGGCUGGUGGGAUUCUCCCUGUGGAUAGUACACCAAUUUCUGCCAUCAAUAUUGAUGGCAAGUUAACACUCUCAAUCAUUAUUACCUGCAUAGUUGCAGCAUCCGGUGGCCUUCUUUAUGGAUAUGAUCUCGGAGUUUCAGGUGGUGUUACAACUAUGGUUCCAUUUCUUGAAAAAUUCUUUCCGGAUAUUCUACGAAAGGCAGCUAACACUCAAGUGAAUAUGUAUUGUGUGUAUGAUAGUCAAGUGUUGACAUUAUUCACAUCUUCUCUUUAUCUUGCGGGAUUAGUGUCUUCCCUUGCAGCUAGCAAAGUCACGGCGGCAUAUGGUCGGAGAAACGUCAUUAUAAUAGGCGGUAUUCUUUUCCUAGCUGGCGGUGCCAUUAAUGGUGGUGCCGAAAAUAUUCCCAUGCUCAUUCUGGGGCGGGUUCUUCUUGGGUUUGGGGUUGGAUUCACUAAUCAAGCAGCACCAUUGUACCUUUCUGAAACUGCUCCCCCAAAAUGGCGAGGUAGUUUUAGCACAGGUUUUCAAUUCUUCUUGGGUAUUGGCGUAGUCGCGGCGGGUUGCAUAAACUUCGCCACAUCAAAGCACACAUGGGGAUGGAGAGUCUCUCUCGGACUUGCAGUAGUGCCAGCACUUGUAAUGACAAUUGGUUCCUUCCUCAUAACCGACACACCAAAUAGCUUGGUGGAACGUGGUAAGAUAGAGCAAGCCAGAAAAGCUCUACACAAAAUUAGAGGAUCCUCCAUUGAUAUUGAACCCGAGUUAGAAGAACUUAUUAAGUUUACACAAGUUGCAAAAUCAGUGAAACAAGAACCCUUUAAGACCAUAUUAAAAAGGGAGUAUCGGCCACAUUUGGUGAUGGCAUUCGCAAUCCCAUUUUUUCAACAGCUCACAGGGAUCAACAUCGUCGCUUUUUAUUCACCCAACCUCUUUCAAUCUAUUGGUUUGGGCCACGAUGGCGCUUUAAUUUCUUCCAUUAUACUUGGAUCCGUUAGCCUUACUUCCAACCUUAUCUCUGCCGGUAUAGUUGAUCGAUUUGGUCGAAGAAUUUUAUUUAUAACUGGGGGUGCUGUGAUGCUUGUCAACUUGAUUGCUGUAGCAAUUGUUCUAGCAGUGGUCAGUGGUGUUGAUGGUUCAAAAGACAUAUCAAAGGGCAAUGCAAUAUUGGUAUUGGUGCUAUUGUGUCUCUACACUGCUGGUUUUGGUUGGUCAUGGGGCCCUUUAACAUGGCUAAUUCCAAGUGAAAUUUUCCCAGCAAAUAUAAGAACCACCGGACAAAGCAUAGCUAUUGCAGUUCAAUUCAUAAUAAUAUUUGUGCUAUCACAAACAUUUUUGACAAUGUUAUGUCACUUUAAGUUUGGAGCAUUUGUGUUCUAUGCUUUUUGGGUUACAGUGAUGACCUUGUUUAUAAUCUUCUUCUUGCCGGAGACCAAAGGAAUUCCUUUAGAGUCUAUGUACACUAUAUGGGGUAAACAUUGGUUUUGGUGUCGGUUUGUUAAAGGAGAAGAUGGUCAACAAAAUCAUCCAUGAAUAUGAUGAUAUUAAUAUUGAUGUUGUGUAUAUGUAUAAGUGUAAUAUGUUUUGAAACACCUUAUUAAAUAUAGAGUUUUUGAAAGUCAAUGCACAUGUAUCAUGUGUAAGCAAAUUGUGUGUAGACUUUACAAAAAUUAAUCAAUAAAUUAAGAACAAAAUGUAUUCACUAGUGUAUUAAAAAAGGUGGAUUCUAGUGUGAGCAAAACUUAGAAUAUCUCUUAAUGUAUGUGACUUGAAUAUCAAAUUUAAACACUUCAAUAGUAAAAAGAUGCACUCGGUUUUGCAGUUUUUACGUUA